AUGUUCAAAUCAAUUAUUAUUGUUACUAUUUAUAUCGUUUUAUUUGCCACAACUAUUGGUAAUGCUGCUUCAAUUUCAAGUGUUGUUUGUUUUCCUGUUUGUGUGUUUCAAGUGUGUACACAAACAGGAAAACAAAUUAAAAUUGGCCAUAUGCCAAUGAUAUUUGCAUGGAGUGAAGUUGGUCUCAUUAAAAAUGGUAUUAAAACAAAUAUUAGACCAUCUUGUUUCUUUAAUGGUGGAUUUUCUCCAAUCACUUGUAAUUUAGCAUCAGUACCGGACUGUGAUACUGUUCGUAUGGUUGGAAAUUCUGGAGCAGCUGGUGGACCCUCUGAAAAUCAAACUGUCUUUUAUUCUUUUAAUUGUACCAUCAUUGCUUAA